AUGCAAAAUCCCAGUGAUAUAGUUUUGUCAACUGCUACACCGAAUGCAGAUAUUCAAUCCUAUCCUCAUAAAUCCAUUCAGCAUACUUCAAUCAAUAAUAUCGGUUCCAUAAAAGCUAGUGGUUGUCAGAUGUGCUCAUCAAUCAGUUGUAACAAUGAUCAAAAUACCGCAGAAUCGUCAGCGAAUUGUAGUGAAAACUUUACCUCAAGAAGUUCUGUUAAUCGAUCUACAGCUUUGUCAGACGACAUGACGGACCAUGAAGUCACUACCAGUAUAUGCUUAGAUGCUUCUGGAAAUCAAUGCAAACCGUGA